GAGCUGGUUCACUUCCUACAGGGACUGAAAACCAAGUGAGGAGAUGCAGGAAUACACCAAACUACACCAAAGAGUACAAAGGGGAUAGAUACCGCAGAUAGAUCCUGACCAUCACCCAAGGAACAACUGCACGACCCUGGGAAGACAUCACUCCUUCACAGCAUUGGUCAACAUAGAGAAGGUUGGGCAGUGAAACCAUCAUCUGGAAAUUGGUCAGGUCAGGAGAGCUUUGACAUAUCAUCAGAUCUCAAAACUCGUCAGUGGUGUGGAGUCUUCCAUCAGAACCAACCUUUCUGAAAAUUUGGCUGUGGGUGGUUGGAAGAAGUGUGAUUGGCUCCAAGUGUAAUGAAAGCUUCAAUCGUUCAUCAAGUCUCUCAAAUCACUAACUCUUUCUGAAAGGUGAGAAGCUGCUAAAGUGUAAGGUAAGUGAGGAGGGUUCCACAGGCACAUAAAGUCUCCUAAUACUCAAGGUGUAUCUGUGGAACAACUGUUAACGUAAGUACAGCUACAUGGAACCAAAACCCUUCAAGUGUGAGGUGUGUGAUCGAGCUUUUGGACAAUCAUCAACACUUGUGAAUCACCGACGCAUUCACACAGGGGAGAAACCAUUCAAAUGUGAAGUAUGUAACCAGAGCUUUGCCCAGUUAUCGGGCCUCGUGAAUCACCGGCCCAUUCACACAGGGGAGAAACCAUUCAGGUGCGAGGUUUGUGGCAAAUCAUUCUCACAGUCAUCGACACUGCUCGUGCAUCAACGUGUUCACACAGGGGAGAAACCAUUCCGGUGUGAGGUGUGUAUCAAAUCAUUCUCUGAUUCAUCGACCCUCCGCAGACACCAACGCAUUCACACGGGGGAGAAACCAUUCAAUUGUGAGGUGUGUAACAAAUCAUUUUCAACAUCCUCAGACCUCCGUAUACACCAACGCAUUCACACAGGAGAGAGACCAUUUAUAUGCAAGCUAUGUGAGAAAUCAUUCUCAUCAUCAUCAGACCUCCACGUACAUCAACGCAUUCACACAGGGGAGAAGCCAUUCAGAUGUGAAGUCUGUAACAAAUCAUUCUCACAGUCAGGAAAUCUCCGUACACACCAACGCACCCACACAGGUGAGAAACUGUUCAAGUGUAAGGUGUGUGACAGAUCAUUCUCUGACUCAACAAGGCUCCUGCUUCACCAGAGGAUCCACACAGGGGAGAAACCAUUCACUUGCGAGGUGUGUAAUAAAUCAUUCUCUGUAUCAUCAAGCCUCCGUGUACACCAACGCAUUCAUACAGGGGAGAAACCAUUCACAUGCGAGGUGUGCAACAAAUCGUUCACCAGGUCAUGGAACCUCCUGUUCCAUCAAAGGAUCCACACAGGAGAGUGACAGGUUUGUCAUGGAACUUUCAUGAGAUCUUUGACUAUCCAUGGCACCGCAGGAUUCACACAGGGGAGAAACUCUUCAGGUACAAUGUGUGUGACAAGCUUUCACACAGUCAACGUAUCUCUUCUCCAUCAGCACACUCACCCAGAAGAGAAAUCGUCUCACAAUAACUUGUGUAAUGAAGCCUUCACACAGUUUAUGGACCUUGUGGAGCAUCAGUGAACCCACACAGGAAUGACCUACCAUAUUUUUGUCACUCUGUCCUCAGAAUGUAUGAACUUUUACACAGUCUCUCAGUGCAGGGUGUUCAGUGGGACUGGGACGCAGAACAAGAAGCAGCUUUCACUCCCAUCAAACACCUAGUGAUGACAUCACCAGUGCUGAGGGAUUAUGAUGUCGACAAUGGAACCACCCUGCAGUGUGAUGUCAGUGACACAGGACUUGGAGUAAUCCCCAUGCAGUGAGGGCAACCAGAUCAUUUACACUAACUUGAAAACACUACACAGAUGAAGAAAGUGAGGCUGGAUAUUGUCUUUAUUUGUGAGGAGUUCAAUGUGUAUAUGUUUGGGAAAGAGAAAGUAAUGGUGGAGUCUGACCACAAGCCAUUUCAAAACAUCAUUGUAUCUGCUUCAGAGCAUUUGCACAUGGAGAUUUUGUUUGGAAAUAAAGUACACUCAAGAAAAGCAUAUGUCCAUCACUGACAUGCUGUUGAGAGCUACUUACUGUUUCAAGUUUCUGAUGCUUGUACAGAGCAUGAAACCUUCCCGAUUUACUACAAGAAAAAUCAGUGCAACGUGCUGUGGAAUUAUGAACCCAGCAGUGACAUGGAGACAUCUUCUGGUCUCCAGAUUAUUGGAGUCCAGAGGUAAGGUAUUGGAGCCACUCACAGUGAAUCCAUGAGAAUUAUCAGGGAAAUUAAACAUCCAACAAGGAAUUCCCCAGCUUCCAGAAUCCUCUGAGUGGUCUCCAACUCCAAGACAUCAGACAGUCACAAGUAUUGACCUGGAUAGUUACCCAGGAAAUCUUAGACAAGAAGAAACCUUGUCCAACUACUGGGUGCCUAUGCAGCUUACCCACCAGAACUAACUCUGACCUCUUGACCACCCCACUAACAAAACCCUCUCCCUUACUAAGGCCUGGCCAGAGAGCACCACCACCAUAACAGACUCAACCUGUCCCGCCCCUACUAUCCCAAAAUUAACAAAUUCCCAACCUGACAAUCUCUCCUUACCCAACCUAACUAAUUCUGAACCAAACAAACCCCUUCAACUCACUCAGCUGCUGACCUAUCGACCUGCCAUCCCAAUCUUCUGAUUCUCUUCACUGCUCUCUGUGUGGAUUCCUGCUCUGAUUCUCUUUACUUCUGUCUGUAUAGAUUCUAGUAAUAGGAGAGUUCUUUUGGCUGCUGCUUCAGAAGUUAUGCCAGAAAGUUGACAUCUGCAUAAGUGGGGAGUUUUCUCUCUGUUCAGUGUCAAAAAUAGAGGUUCUGACUUAGGAUUUGGGGUGAAUCUGACAGAUUUAGCAAACUAUCCAACAAGUUGCAACUCUUCAAAUGUUACAAAACGUUAUGCUGAAAGUAUGGCCUGAAACCAUCAAAGGCAUCCUUGUUACUGUAAGAGAGAAUUGGACAAAUAGACACAAACAGAUUGCCAAAGAUAGCAUCUUGUGCAAAACGUGCAGGGUUAUUAUGCCUAAAGAGAUGAGAAUAGAACAGUAUUUAAAACUCAAAUUGCUCCAAUUAUUUCUGGAGCAACAUGAGAAAUAUUUGACAGAUUUCUAGUGUGAGAACAGCAUUCUUCAUCCUCGGAAGCUUUCAAACUGACAAUAUCAGUGUGGGAUGUUUAGCCCCAGAUGUGUUUUAGAGCAGAUCAGAAGAGGAAGACCCCCAGCAACCAAGGUAGUGAUGUCAUGCAGUGGUGGGAUUAUCACAUAUACAGGAGGUGGGGUCACAGAAGGGAAUCAAACAGGAUAGAGAAAUACAGAAGAGGAGGGAGGAUGGAGCAAUUUGCUUUGCUCUGUUCUCCUCCUCCUCCAUCUGUCCUUCCUUCUCAAUCUUCUUCCUAUUUUUCACUCAUCUCUCUCUUCUCUCUCAAACUCCGCCAUUACAAUAAUGAGGAAUGGUGAGAAAUUGCACAAUUUUAAACUCUAUCAUGAAUGUAAAAGGUAAGCAGAAACUCUAUUCAGUAUUAUUAAGGCAACAAUGUUAUUAUGACUAGAUUUAACUAUUUAUCCUGUUAUGUGACACAAGUCUAUGGGACUUGCUGAAUUAAUUGCUGGCCAAGCAUGUACACUGCUGAUGAGGGUUGUUGAUGUUGUCUGAUGUGCCCACUCUACUGUACCAGCUCUCAGACAUUUCCUCCUAGCUCCCUCUGGACCAUUGGCCGAGCACUAUUCCUCAACUGGUGUUUACUGAUCUCAUCUCAUCUGGAGAUCUUCCCUCCACAGCUUUCUACCAAAUAGUUCCCAACUCCAAAGAGCCCUUCUUCCCACAAUCCAUGAACAAGACUAAUCCAACAGACUCAUCAUUUCAAUCUUUUCCUGCCCCAAUAAACUUUCCUCUUCUUAUCUGCAGUCUAUUCGUCUCUCCCCCUUGUCCAGUCUCUUCCCCCUCAGCCAAUUUCUUCCACUCGCAUUUGUGAUUCUUCUGAAACUUAGUAUUGGUUCCAAAAUUUCUAAUUUGUUUGCCCCAGCAGUCUCUCUUCAACAUGGACUAUAAAAUCCCUCACUUGUCCAUCCUCCAGCAGAAUCAUCUGAAGGCUGUGCACUUCCUUCUUGAAAAGAGGCCUGAACAAUUUCCCUGUCCAUCGCCCUCCACCUGGUUGAGCUCCUACUUACUUCGAAUAUUUUCUCCUUUAACUUGUCUCAUAUUCUCCAAGUAAAAGGUGUAGCGAUGAGUAUCUACCUGAAUCCCAUUGUGCAACUCUCUUUCACGGGUAUGUGGAACAUUCCUUCUUCCAGUCCUACUCGGACCCCCUCCUAUAACUCUUUUUCUGAUAUAGUGAAGCCUCCUGGUCUCAGCUAGAAUUAGAAAAAUUCAUUGGUUUUGCUUCCAGUAUCCAUUUUUCUCCAUCUUCAUCUGGCCCUACUCUGACUCUACCCCUACUUUUCCUUGACAUUUCCAUUUUUUGGGGAUAGGCUGUCCAUUAGUAUCUAUUACAAACCCAUCAACACCCACUUGAUUAUAUUUCAUCACAAUCUUCCUGUAAGGACUCCUGUAAUGGCUACUUGCUGAAAGUGUUAACACUUGCCCUUUUACCUUUUCCCUUCUCACUGCUCCACGCCCCAAACACACCUUGCAGAUGAUGCAGCAAUUUAUUUUAACUGCAAGUGUUUUGUGAACCAGCACCUGUGGAACCACGCGUGUGCCGUUUGAUCAAAUGUUCCAGUUGAUCAAGAGGUCCAUAUAGUCAAUGUAAAACACAUGAAAAUCAUAGAAGCAUAAUGCAAGGAGUAUACACAUCACUCUUAUACUUUGUUUACAGCAUAAAUCCAUAAUAAUGCAACUUUCCUUAAAUUUGCUGGUAAACAGCAUUCUCACUCACACCCUCAAUUGACUACUUGGGCAUCACAGACAUCGCAAUAAUACAAUGAACUGCCAGUAUUGAGGUACAUAAUUUUUGUCAUUUGAUGGAGUGUGGGUUCAUAAGGUGCCAUUAAAAUAAAGUUUGCUGCACUUCUUUUAAUCGAGUCUACUCAAUGCUGACAAUGCAGUUUACAUGGUGAGACUAAACACCUGGUCAGUGACCACUUAGAGGAGCACCUCACUAUCUGUGACAAUGACCCUAACCUUUCAGUCACUAUUUCAGUACAUCAUCCCAUACUAACAUUUCUGUGUCAUUGUGGAAUGCUGCAAUUUUCCAGCAAGACCUUGUGCAAACUGGAGGAAUAGCACAUCAUGUUCUGCUUUGGAACUUUACAGCCUUUAGGAGUCAACAACUUCAGCCAUGAACUCUGUCCUCUAUUUUGAUUAUAAGCCACCCCCUCUGCCGCAGAAUCUUGUUUGCUGUCAGCAUUGCUGACCUAUUUUUAACUGUUCACACAUAGCAUUUUCUGCAUCAAUAUUACUUCUCUACCAUUAAAAUUCCCUUUGCCGUUUGCUGUGAGCAUUCUCAGUAUCUGUUCCAUUCAUUCCUCCUUCCACUUUGUCAAAAACAUAAAACCACACAUAUUCCAGCUCCUAUCAGUUCUGGACAAGACUCAUAUUGGAUUCAGAACAUUAACUGCCUCUUUCUGUACAGUGCAGUCAGACCAGCAGAAGUUGUUGAACAUUUGUUUUUUUUAUUUUAUAUGUCGACUUGAUUCAUGAAUAUGAUUGACUAUUUUGUGCCUCAGAAAAGUCUUGAGUAUAAUUUGAAGAGCUGUCUCAAAUACAGACAAUCAGCAGAAACUCAGCACUCUCACUAUUCCUGUCCAGUGCCAUUUCUGUGUUUGGAACCAGCUUCCUGGCUGAUGUUUAAUAAACUGAUGCUGAAGAUCGAUAAAGUUCAAUUCACACUUAAUGUUACUGACACUUAAAAUUCCGAAUACUGCCACUUUCAACCAGGUUACACUGAUAAACCUGCACCCAAAACAUAGCACAAACUCUUGACUGUAAUUGGUAUGCUUGUGCUUGUUGCAAAUUUGUCCAAAGGCUUUACUAAAGCAAAUAUUUUUUAAGUGCGUUUGACAAUAGAAGCAGUUAUUUUUAAGGGUGGUAUAUCAUGAUCUGAUUUGUUUCAUGAUCAAUGCAGUGUGUAAACAUCCACUGGAUAAUUUUCUGAGACUUAAGAUAUAUUUUAAAUUCUCAUUUCAUCGACUUUUAGCCCAGAGAAUUUUUCAUCUUAGUAAUUUAUGUGCUAUUUUUUCUUAGUAUUUUGUCCUGGCUUUUGUACUUAGUUCCUCAGUUGUAGAUGGUUCAUGGUGGUCUUGUAUGUGGGGAAUGGACAAAAGCACAGCUGAAGAGAAGAAGGAAACAAUGACUGAAGAUAUCUACAGCCUUGUGAUCACUAUUAGUAGACAAGAGUCAAAAAGAUGUGUUUUUCUUAUUCCAACAUCUGCAAGACCUUGUUAUUUUCCAACUAAAUCUGACAAGAUCAGAACUGAGAUUAUUCACCUUUACGAAGGCCUUUGAUAAUAAGUGCUGACAAUAUUUAACUAACUGAUGAAUCUACAAAAAAUCUGCUUUAAUGUGGGAGAAAGCCACAAGAUUGGCAGGGGCAAAGGGGAAUACCACUGGCAACAAUCCUAGGUCAGAGGGGAUUUAAUAAAAUUAUGUGCUAUUGUCAUCUGAUGUCCUGAAGGGGUGUGAACAUUGGUCUGAGUGACAUACUUCACACGAUAACCAUCAGGAGAUUGUCAGGGGAAGUGGUCUGGUUAAUCACUCAGGUCGUGAAAGGGUUUCAUUUAACAGUUUGACCAUCUAAGGACUGACCCUUGUCACAGAAGAAGGCCAGUUUUGUAAGUUUACUUGUAGCAGCUCUAUAUACAUAUACAUGUGGACAUAUACUCAAUA